CAAGGAGCGAAGGAAUUUUGGGGAGUUCUCAAACAUCAGUCGAGUUGCAUCCACACAGCAUCCAGAAUCAAUCCAGAGAGGGAUGGGACCUCGCUGUGAAGAAUCAACAUGUGUGAUGAAGAUGAAUUGAAGUCGGUGAGCUUUGCAAAUAAUUUGCGUCUCACCGGAGAAUUUUGUGACGCAGUUAUUAAAGUGGAAGAUGUUGAAUUCCCUGUUCACAAGGUCCUUCUGUGUAACUGCAGCAGCUAUUUUCGGGUCCUUUUCCGUCGCUGGUCAAUCCCAGAACAAAAGGAGUUUCCCAUCUCUGGUGUUUCUCCUGACACCAUGAGGCUCAUCAUUGAGUUUGUGUAUACCGGCUCUAUCCCUGUGACAGAGCAAAACGUGAAAGACCUGCUACAAGCUGCUGAGUACUUCAACAUCAACAACAUGAAAGGAACCUGCAGCACGUUUCUGGAGGAACACCUUAGUGUGGAGAACUGCACCGAUAUAUGGAGAUUUGCAAAUACCUUUCACCCGUUUCCGGCAUUCCAGCAAAAGGCCUUUUUACACAUCAUCAAUCACUUUGAGGAACUGGCUCCGAGCAAGAAGUUUGUGCACUUCACUGUCCAGGAGCUGGGCAACCUCAUUGAGCUGGAUGAGCUCAACGUGAAAAAGGAGGAGACCGUAUUUGAGGCGGUUCUCGAGUGGAUCAAGCACGACGCUGAAGUACGAAAGGGACACAUGGCCGGUCUGCUGUCGAAAGUUCGUCUGGCCCUCCUGCCUGUGGACUAUGUCAUUAAUAAAGUCAUCACAAAUGAGCUCAUAGUUAGUGACACUAAUUCGCUCAUCCUGGUGGAAGAUGCCACUCGGAUCAUGAAUGCCAUCAGAUUAAUAAGGCCAGACGCCAGCGGCUUCAGUAACCUUGUCGCGCGUCCUCGACUUCCCAAGGUGUCUUUGUUGGCUAUUGGAGGCUUGACAGACUGGUCCAGAGUCAACACUAUAGUGGCUUACGAUAUCCGUGUCAAUCGCUGGGUGACAGUCACCUGCACUUUGCCCCACCCCCACAAUUACUACUGCAUUGUCUUCCUAGGCGGAAAUCUUUAUUGUGUCGGGGGCCUUAUCCGAUAUUGCAAACUGAUCCGAGUACAACGAUUCAACCUGAGCACGCAGACCUGGCACUAUCUGGCGCCCAUGAAUGACUUUCGGCUAAAUGCAGGAAUCACUGCGGUCGACGGUCGCAUCUAUGCUGUGGGAGGCUACAACGGGAGACAUCAUCUGAACAGCGCCGAGUGUUUCAUCGCCAAAGAAAACCAGUGGAUCUUGAUUGCUCCCAUGACUGAGCGCAGAAGCGAACCUGGCUGCACGGCAUUGGAGAACAAGAUUUAUGUUUGCGGGGGGUUCAAUGGAAUAGAUUCCCUCAGAUCUGUGGAGUGUUAUCACCCCGACAACAACCAGUGGACCAUGAUAAGACCAAUGAUGACUCGCCGCAGUGGACUGGGAGUCAUUGCAUACACAGACCAUGUUUACGCUGUUGGUGGCAGUGACGGCUUCCGUGUCCUGUGCAGUGUCGAGGCUUACAACCCCACUAACAACACCUGGCAGGAGGUGACGUCCAUGCUUUCACCUCGUCGAAACUUUGGGAUCGCAGUAGUUGAAGACUUCCUUUUCAUUGUGGGUGGUCUGUCUGAGCAGACCUACAAUAAGGAAGUGGAAUACUAUCAUGCCAUGUCCGGUAAAUGGUCUCUGGCUGCUGACACAAGGAACUUAUGUGUUGCCCGUGGCUGUUGUGUUGUUUCUGGGCUCCCAAAGAUGUCAAACUUCCUCUUUCCCCGUGAUUGCCUUCCCCGGAUUCCUUAAGUCGACCACAUGUCACACUGACCUGUCCAUUUAAAACCCGUUGCAAUCCACAGAGAUGAUGGUUGAAAAACUUUAUCUAGGCCUUUGUAAAUAGAGAUAUACAGUAUAGACUGCCUUAUGUAGUAAGCGUUGCUGAUUGUAUUAUCAUGAAGAAUAAUUCACUGUAAAAACCAGACAAUCCAACAAUGACGUAUGCUGAAACUGUGUGGAAUAAAUAUGAAAUAUCUUGGGAUCUUCGUGUUUGCUUAUGACUGCCCUUCCCAUGGCUACCUUGCCUUCCUUUGGUGCCUUGUGUUCCUCCCACAGACUUUUGCCCAAGGGCUCUCACUGGUUUAUUUGCUAUCUUUGAAGGUUGAAAUUCAUGACUUUCAUUGGCAAUAUAAUUGAUGUUCCAUGCUAACCAGCCGCUUGAGACACAGAGACGUUAAACAACCGAGUGAUAGUUGAAUGGUGAAUGUUAUGACUUUUGAAUCAAAGCAUUAACAUGUUCACAAUCAUAUCAAGAAGAAAAAUAUGAGCUUGGAUUAUGACCUGCAGAAUACUAUUGGAUUUUUUGGUAACUACUGUAGCAAGUACCAAGAUCACGACUGCACAUCUGCCAAACCCCCCCCCAACCUCAGUGGUAGAUCAGGCUUAGAUGGAAGGUCAAUAUUUGCCGAGCAGUGUUAAUAAAGGAUCAGAAUGUUCCACUUCUGGAAGCGCAGGGAGUGGACACCUUGGAUCCGCUCUCGUGGAUGGCAGAGCCGUUGCCUCACUAAUCCGUAUCUCGGACUCGGCCCUCGUAACUCUAGCGGGGUGAUAAGUAACAACCACUCAUGCAUGUAGGUCAAAGGUCAAGAGUCAAAGGGGAGUCUUUGUGAAUCAAGCACAAGUCAGCUCACAUCACUUCCAAUAAUCCAACCAACACAUAAAUGAUUUUCAUUCUGGACAUGUGAUAUUUUUUUGCAGUUUGUUGUAUUUCAUUUAGACCAUUUGUACGGAGCUGAUGUGAGAUAAGUUUGCGAACAAAGGAGAAACGCAUGUUGACUUCGGCACCCAUCUACACUCCCCAUAUGGACCCUCUCCUGAGAGAAAAAGCUUGGGGGGCAUGUGUGUAUUUUUUAUGACUCCAGUGUGUGUGUGUGCGCGCGCACAAGAGAGGCCAGCGCACCAGUCUGGAAAUAGGGGACACAUUAAUCUUAUUUGUCAUAACCUGUCCCUCGAGACACUUGGACCCCUCUGUCCCCUGACACACUCGCACACUCUCACACAAUGGCCCCCUCCUGUGCGCUAUCGGUAUCUGCAACAGACAGAGAGAGUCAAGCUAAUUACGUGUGAGAGUGACGACGCUGGAAACGGACAAAGGCUGCGACUCGUAAUGUGUGUGCACUACUUUGGAAAGUGGCUGGCAAUAUCAUUCUCUGCAAGUACUUUUGUGCUUCUAUUGAACUCCUUACUGCGUGAUACAAAGAUCAAACAGGAAAAACUCACCUCACCAUUCAAAUGAUGACAAAUUCUCUUCAACAGCAGAAUAGUUACACACAUAUUUUCCACUCAUGUAGAUAUGGAAUCUAAUAAAGAAGCCACAUUACAUUUUAAAGAGUGUGCUUGGAUGAAUUUGCAUGCUAUUGAUCAAAAUGGCACAAAUAUAUAUAUCGAUGCAUUGGUCUAUUAGUACCCUACAAUGGUCUGGUGUUCUGGUCAGUGUCCUCCUCCUCUCCCCCUCAAAAGUCUCCAGUCUCCAUGUGUCCCUGAUAAGGGAUUAUAAGUGGAAGACAAUGAACAACUGAAGAUGGAAAACGUUUCCAUAUGGCUAAUAGUCCACAAAUAAGUGAGUACUUGACUAAAAAAAAUAAAUAAGGUAUAAAUACUAGGAAUAUUACAUUUUUUUUUUACAUGUUUUGUCUGCAGCACAGGUUUACAAACUAAAAUUAUUAUAGGUUUGCGUGUUGUAAGAUGAACGCAAACAUCUUAUGAUAUGCAAUCCAACAUUCUCUAGGAAGAAAAAAUUAUACAAUAAUACAAAUGAAUUUAAUCGUGAUGCACAAUCUGGGUCCUAAGAGCAAUUUUGCACAGGCAAAUUGAUUUGAAUGUCGGCGCAAAUAGUGACUAUCGUGAAUGAACAAAAGAAGAUGCAGAUCCACAUUGUUUCCAAACGCUUUUUUCCCCUUGUUUAUAUAUAUUUUUUUAUUGUUUUUAAUCAGAUAUUUUUUUUAAUUAUUGAUACAAAGCAGAGCUGAAGCACUGGGCUCUCUUUAAUUUCAGAAGUUUCACUGACGUGUGAAAGCAUACACAUGUAAAUAAUCAUUUACUGUAUAUUCUCCUAACCAGUGGUUGACCAAGCCAACUUCAGUUGGUUCCUCCAGUCGCUCGGGUUUCCUUCCAAACCUAAAAAAAACUGGCAGCCUGUCCUGGGUCUCCCCUGCCUCACAUCCCAAGUAGCUGGGAUUAGGUGGUAGAAAAUAAAGGUAGUCAGAUUGAGGGGGAGGAGCUGGGAUCGACAAAUAUUACAGUCAGGGCUGCUACGUAAGUUCAACACGAGCCUCAGGUAUUUUUGUCCGUGACAAGUUAGCGCGCUAUUUCUCAUGAUGCAUCAGUCAAUGUCAGCAGUAAAGGUGGAUGAAGGGUGAAAUUUGAAGGUCGCCACCCCCUCUGUUUUUAUCGACACAAAAUUCCAGUCUAUAAUGUAAUAUAGUGCGGACAAUAGGAGGUGCCCCUGCGUGUGGAAAUGUGUGUGUGUGUUAUCUCAAAGACUUUGCCUGGGGGUUAAUUAGAGAAUAGUAAACAGAACACAUGUGGCAGCUUAAUAUCCCCUCUGCCUUACAGCUCAUUUCACACCCACCCGCUCUGUUGCUCUCAGCCCAUUGUGUGUGUGUGUGUGUGUGUGUAUGGUCGGGGUCAUGGGCGUUCCCCACCACCCAUCCCAGAGGCAUCCCUCUUUCGCCCCCCCCCCACAGUCCUAUCAAUCGCCUGGCCCGUCCUUCCCGCCCACACACACACACGCGCGGCGGUGCUGGUGCAGGUGUGUGUGCGUCCAGUAGGUAAUUUAAACCAGAUGAGGCGAUGUCUUUCACUCUGUGGCCCCGUCGCUUCAUCAAUAUCAGAGGGAUAGAAGAGCGCAGUAUGUGUCAGCUGGGGACCCGAGAAAUGCUGUCAUUCAUCAUCAGACUUCAAAAAAAAAAGGAAAGAAAAUAAAAAAAACACAGUCAAUAAUGUAAUCCAUUCACAAGCCACUUAAAAAAUAUACUUUAGAUCCUAUAGUGGCCUUUCAGAACUCUGUAUCCACGUAUGAAAAAGCUGCUUCUAGCAUCAGUCAAACCUGGAAGAGCUACGGUUUCCAAACCAAAGUGGGUGGAAUGGAAAGUCGUGGGUUAAUUUUCUGCUACAUUAUUGGAAAAAGUAAGACGCAGUUCAUGGUAUACUUCUGCAGAAAUUCAUGAAUAAACCCAAGCCCUGUGGAAAACAUGUUGAAAGUCUCACUGCAAACAAGACACCUUUCAUGUCUUUGCAUGCGUUUGGAAGCAGAAUGGGCCGCGGUGACUUCAUUGUUCAACUCAGAUAGUGCUGCUGACACGCACUCGCAGCGAGAAAAUCUGCCGCCGUCCCACUUUGACGCCGCCUCACAUCUGUUCAUUACCUCACUACUGUCUGUUUAUGAUUCCGCUAAUUUCCUGAUUAAAAGCUUAAUUGAGCUCUGGUUGCGUUUAUCGUGGCGUCACGCUGCAUUUCCCCCAGAGUGUCGUGGUUUGAACUUGGCCAGUAUUUUCACUGUGAACCGGUGACUUAGCAACAAUAGACCAAUCUGUUAGACCCACAAAUGAGCAGUCAGGUGUGUGUGCAUGCGUGUAUGUGUGCACGUGCACGUGCGUGUGCAUGUGUGUGUGGCACAGGGCAGUAAAUGAACACUCUGUCUAUCUCUCAUCUAUCAAAGACUUGACACCAGGAGCAGCUGUGAACAUGCACACACUCGCUGCUACUUUAGCAAUUUGGGAUAAUUACCCCACUAUGCAACGGUCCUUGGGGGUUCUUGUCAGGAUGUGUGUGUGUGUGUGUGCGUGUGCAUGUCUGGUAAGGAUCAGCUGUGUUAAGCGUCCCAUGACAUCUUAACGACUAAUUCAUUGCUACAUUAAUGGCAUUGAUUUCCAUAUAGCUACACACUCGCACACGUUUGGCUUUAAUAUGAAAAUGUGGCAUGAGAUGUUCAUGGAAUCUCCCCAUAUAUAUAUAUAUAUAUAUAUAUAUAUAUAUAUAUAUAUAGCUUUAGUGGCUAUUUGAGACAGCCUUAUUUUAUU